AUGAAGCUCCAGCCAUGGUCAAUCCGAGUCUGGACGCGACUCCCGCGUUCAUACCUCCGCAAUAAACCCCGAUCAAGUGUCCGAAAUUUCUCCGCUUCUUCACACCCUCAAUACCGGCCUCUCGGCAUUCUCGAAAAUGCCACCCUGAACACCUUCCGGCAACGAUGCUUCCUUUCCGAACAGCCGGCAAUUCUCCCACGUUCUACUUUCAGAGACCUGCCCGCCCUAAAUCAAUGGUUCAAACGCGCGAGGCCCGAGUCAAUACCUGGCGCCUCAAACCCCGUCGCAAGCCUGAACGUGGAGUAUCUCCACAAACACGGCGCCGACGCGUUCGUCCCACUUGAGCUCACGGAAUCCACAUCAAUAGAUGCUACAUCCGAAUCCGAAGGCGGGGCAACAGAAGUACAUAGCUUCCGGCAAUUCCACGCGCCACUCGCCCUGUUCCUCGACUGGAUGCGCACGGCCGAGACCACUCCCCAAUCAGCGCGGCUCUACCUAGCACAAUGCCAGCUCCUGGACCUCCCUCCGGUGCUCCGGGAAGAUUUCCCGACGCCGGAGCUUGUAGCGCGGGCGGGUAAGGGCGAUAUAUACGAUACGAACGUGUGGAUUGGACACCCGCCUACUUAUACGCCGCUCCACCGCGACCCGAACCCGAACUUGUUUGUCCAGAUGGCCGGGGAGAAGGUUGUGCGGCUGCUUGCGCCGGCGGACGGGCAGGCUGUGUUUGGGGCUGUGAGGAGGCAGCUGGGGAAGAGUGGGAGUCGGGAGGCAGCGGCUUUCCGGGGCGAGGAGAUGAUGCAGGGGAGGGAGAGGGCGUUGUUAGAUGAUAUGGUUUGGGGAACUCUGGUGUCUGCUGGUUCGGACGCUGGGGUUGGCUUUGAAGCGUGUCUUGGGGCUGGUGAUGGGUUGUUCAUUCCCAAGGGUUGGUGGCAUAGUAUCAAGGGUGUAGGUGGAGGUGUUACGGCUUCGGUCAACUGGUGGUUUCGAUAG